CCAGAGGAAGGACGCAGGAUAUCUUUGCCGUUCUCUCUCUCUCUCUCUCUCUCCCUCUUUCUUUCUCUCGCGAGCGGCUUUUCCGAUUCCUUGCUUGGUCGACAGUCGUGUUUAGUUUGGAUCCCUCUCCUCAUUGAGACGGACUGCCAAUUCAUUAUGACGACUUCAAAGCUCAUGAACUCUCAUCUCAAUUUUUUAUGACAAAUAAGGGAGUACUCAACAUGACGAGCCGAUGGGAUCGCUUGGGAAACAGUCUCCUUCAGAGCUUCAUCGAAUACGAGACUCCUCGCCUGGUCAAAGUGCACAAUGUCUACUUAGGGUUGGUGAUCAGAGUUUGCCAGAUCUUGGUUUUCUCGUAUGUCAUAUCCUACGCCAUUCUCUACGAAAGGGGGUAUCAGGAAUUUGCACAAGUGGAGUCAAGCGCGACAGUGAAAUUGAAAGGUACCUCCAGGUCUCAUAUUCCCACUCAUGAAAAUGCAACAACGAUUCUCCCAGAAUGGCGGCAUCUCUACAGCCGUAUUUGGGAUGUCGCAGACUACGUCGUGCCGCCUGCAGAAAAUGGAGCCUUUUUCAUCACAACGAACGUGGUCAUCACGCCCAAUCAGACUCAAGGAUCUUGCGCCGAGGAUCCUGCUAUUAAGCGAGCAAAGUGCAAGACUGAUGAGCAAUGCAUCAAAGACAAGUACUUAGUUUUCGGACAUGGGCCGAUGACAGGCAGAUGUGUUCCCAGUGACCGAUCCCAAAGAACCAAAGUUUGUGAAGUCGAGGCCUGGUGCCCGAUCGAGAGAGAUGGUCUCCCAUUUGGAAUGACAAAGCCUCUCAUGGACCACGUGGAUCGGUACACAGUGUUCAUAAAAAAUUCGAUUGCCUUUCCAUUUUUCGGUCCACAGUAUCGCCGGAAUAAUGUCAUCCCGGGUCCUAAGCCCACUAUCUACCAUCCAGUAAGGAGGCCAUUGGGCCAAAUCUUCUGGUUGGGCGACGUCAUUUCUCUGUCUGGGGGAAAUUUCACCCAGCUUUCUUUGAAAGGUGGAGUCAUAUCAAUCUCAAUCCAAUGGAACUGCGAUCUAGAUUACGACUUCGACAAGUAUUGCUUGCCUCAUUACGAGUUUCGAAUUCUGGACACUGGCUGGAACUUCAGGCAUGCCCAAUUCCACGAAACUGGCCGGCGAACACUGUUCAAGGCAUAUGGCCUACGAUUUGUAAUCCUAGUCGAUGGCCUGGCGGGUAAAUUUUCCCUAAGGAAUACGAUUCUAAAUGUGGGAAAUGGGCUUGCUUUACUCGGCAUGACAACCUUUGUCGGGGAGUUCUUCCUCCUUUACUUCGCUAAGGAGAAAAAAAAUGUAGUGGCGAAAAAAUAUGAUUACAUUACCAAACGCAGGAACGCUAUCAAGGUCCCUACCCUGGAUGAGGCCGAAGUGGCGACUCUCAACCAAAACGCGGAUGUUUUCACGCUGAAAUCGGAUCUGCCCUAAGUUCUCUUUUGAGAACACAGAUCAACACGAGUCCGAACAAGAAAGUUUUGAAUGACACUAACAUGGACAGAUACCUGCUGGUGGUUCUAUUGGCUCACAGUAUUAAAGGGAACAUACCCAGUGACUCAUCGAUAUGGCACGAGAUAUUCGCAAGAAACGCCAAGUCAAUAUCCCUCGGAGGAACCAAGCAAUUUGCCAUCAAAGUCUCUGAGAGUGAAUGCCUGUACUUGUGUGAUAACUCUAACACAUUAUCAAACGUGUGCCGUUACGGAAUUCAAUGCAAUGCUCACCCACAAGGAUGUAAUGCGUUCAUUUGCUCUUGUUGGGUAAAAGUUACUUGCCGCUUCGACGGCCAACGUGACCAAACUUCAAUACGACCUCCCACAAAUCAAUUUGAGUUUCAACUCGACCGAUUUGACGGGCGUCAAAUUCAAGAGAUCAUGACCCAACACUCCGGACUUACACCAGUCGAAUUUCAUUUUCCCUCUCGGUCUCGAUACGACCUCAUACGGGAAUGCCAGUGUGAUCCCUCUUUGGUAAAACAUUGUCCAUUGUCUCACAUGUAUUGCAGAAAGUGGUCCCAGUGCUUCCGCGGGGGUUGCGUCUGCAAUUUGACCUUAGGGUGUUUUCCAUUGUCGCUAAGGGAGUUGAAGCCUCCUUUGAUCAAUCAAAGCGAAACACAUCGACCUAGGGAUCCACCACCUACAUUCAACGAGGCCAGAUUCAUGGACGACCUCAAGACACUACUGCCAUCGAUCCACAAUCAAACCACUACCUCCGUAUAUGUGACGAACAUGGAGGUUUGCAAGGAGAUCUGCAGGACUGGUUCAAGCGUCGCUAAUGACGCCAACGAACAUUUGAAGCAGUGUGACAAUGGUUUGAAGUGUCAUUCCGUUUUCGAAAAUUGCGCACCAUCAGCCGGCUUCUGUGAGUGCAAAGUGUCUUUGACAUGUCUCCAUUCCGGAAAUGAGGAAGCACAAAGUACGUCAAGUGACACCAAUUUGAUGACAACUUUAGCUGGAAUUUCUCCACAACCUGAGAAUGACUGGGACCUGGACAAUUUGAAAUUGGCCGCCCUGUCUUGCAAAUCAACCAAGGAACAAAGAGAUUGUCGAAAGCAAGCCGUCCCGAAAUGUCAGGUAGAAAUGGAACGGAAAUGUCCCUCCUCACCCAUAUCUCAAGGGGGACUAUGUACUUUUCUAUAUCGCGGUGACUUCAUGGAAGAUAAUUGCUGCUACAAACUAGAGUGUCCCCGACAGACCCUCGGGGAUAGCCAUGAGUACUCGCCAGAUCAAAUUAAAACAGACACGAUCCUAGCAGACCGCGUCGUCCAAAGGCAAACUCCUCCUCAUGAGAACAAAUCUCUGCUUUCCGUUAACAAUGGGCUUCAUUUAUCUAGUGAAUCUCUGUCCGAC